ACAAUGAGAAUGAGGAAUGGACUGAAAAAGAAAUUCCUGGAAACUCCAGCAAAAUCCAGCUGAAUAAUCUCCAGUACAAUGCUAACUAUCAAAUGGAAGUUUAUGCAGUAAACCACAAUGGCACCUCCAGCACUGCCAAAAUUAACUUCACCGUCCCACAACCUGUCAGUCAGCCGGCGUUAGGGAAAGGAGGUGUGGUGGGAAUUGUAAUGUUCAUCUUCUUGGUGCUGAUGGUAUCAGUAGAUGCUUUCUGUUGCUACACCAACCACUGCGGCCUGCUUAAUUUCCUCGCUCGUAAACUAUUUGGACACAAAGUGUCAGAGUCUAAAGGGAUGGAUGAAGAGGCCAAUAAUUCCACUGGGUAA